AUGAAUUACCGGCCGCUGCGGUGGUCCUCGCCGGCGCCCCGAGACUGGUCCGUGCUUCUCGCCGAGCUGUCCGGCCCCCGCAACCCGGGAAGGAGGCCACUCCGGGCCGGGCGCCUGCUCUGCACCGCGGCCCUGCAACCCGGAAAGGCCGCCGGCCGAGCGGAGCCGGAUCCUGCUCGGACCCGGCCCCCGCGGGCCGGCGCCGCGGGCAUGUCGGAGGCGAGGAAGGGGCCGGACGAGACGGAUGAGAGCCAGUAUGACUCGGGCAUCGAGUCUUUGCGCUCGCUGCGAUCCCUGCCCGAGCCCGCCCCGGCCCCGGCCCCCGGGCCCUCAGACGGCGGCGGCCCCCAGCCCUGGACCCAUCCUCCCCGAACGGCCAAGGAGCCACAGGAGAAGGAAGACACAGAUGGGGAGCGGGCUGACUCCACCUAUGGCUCCUCGUCGCUCACCGAGCCCCUGACCUUGUUGAGGGGCCCCGAGACCGAGGACACAGACCCAGGCUCGCCGCUGCCCCCCGCGGGGGCGCUGAGCCCUCGGCAGCUGGAAGCACUCACUUACAUCUCUGAGGACGGAGACACGCUGGUCCACCUGGCGGUGAUUCAUGAGGCCCCAGCUGUGCUGCUCUGUUGCCUAGCUUUGCUGCCCCAGGAGGUUCUGGACAUUCAGAACAACCUUUACCAGACAGCACUCCAUCUCGCUGUACAUUUGGACCAGCCGGGUGCAGUUCGAGCCCUGGUGCUAAAGGGGGCCAGCCGGGUGUUGCAGGACCGGCACGGCGACACAGCCCUGCAUGUGGCCUGCCAGCGCCAGCAUCUGGCCUGUGCCCGCUGCCUGCUGGAGGGACGGCCAGAGCCAGGCAGAGGACCACCUCACUCCCUGGACCUCCAGCUGCAAAACUGGCAAGGUCUGGCCUGUCUCCACAUCGCCACCCUCCAGAGGAACCGGCCACUCAUGGAACUGCUGCUUCAGAACGGAGCUGACAUUGACGCACAGGAGGGCACAAGUGGGAAGACAGCACUGCACCUGGCUGUGGAGACCCAGGAACGGGGUCUGGUGCAGUUCCUGCUCCAAGCUGGUGCCCGAGUAGACGCCCGCAUGCUCAAUGGAUGCACGCCCCUGCACCUCGCAGCAGGCCGGGGCCUCAGCAGCAUCUCAUCCACUCUGUGUGAGGCAGGUGCUGACUCCUUGCUGCGGAACGUGGAAGAUGAGACACCCCAGGACCUGGCUGAGGAUCCCCUUGCACUUUUGCCCUUCGAUGACCUGAAGAUCUCAGGGAAGCCACUGCUGUGUGCCGACUGAAGCCAGGGCAGGGUCUGGGGCCCUGGGGGCUCCACCUCUUCCCAUCUGGAAGCUGGAGCCACAGCUGCUGCAAUUUGGGCCCAGGCAGUGUGCCCUUCUGGUGUCCUGGGGACUGCUGAAGCCAGAGCCUGGGGCCAGCACAGUCCUGAGCUGAGAGGAGGGGUCGAAAAUGAGAGAGCCCGUCUGGAAGGAAGAGUUUCCCAGGUGGACAGAGAUUCUGAGAAGACUCCCAAAGCCCCCAGUAUCCUGGGCGGAGCCUGUUUGCUUCUCCUGAAGAUGGCAGAGGCUCUUGUCUCUACCCAUGUUGGGUCAGCCUGAAGCUGCCAACCGGAAGGAGAACAUGGACCCUCCUGAGUGAGGAGAGAAACUGAAAUAUGAGCAAGCAGGGUCCUGAGGGGUUCCACCUCACUGCUGCUGAGGACUCUUAAACAGUGUUGUUUAAAGACUUCACACAGACGGCCCCGAACUGAGCAUUUGGGGAAGGGGAAGUUUCAAUAACAUGACACUAAAACAGCAGAGACUUUUUGAAAAGUUUUCCCCCCUAGAGCUGUUUUGUGCGCGUGCAUGUCUGUGUGCAUUGGGGACUUUUAGACAGGCCUGCCCUGUGACCUUGUGGUGGAGGCUGAGAGAAGGAAAUUGUCCCUUGAGCAGGGUAGGGCCUUGCUGGAUGGGGCAGGGGGCUAACAGGCCUCAGGCCCUUGCCCUUUCUGUGGAGACACAGAGGGAUGGAGGAAGAGAAAGAGAAAUGAGAAGACACAGGCAGGAGGCCUCACCACAGCCCUGGAGGUUGCUAUUUGGAGGACCUGGAGAGAAGGGCUAGCCUAUGGAGGGUGACACGGGAGCUGUGGCUUUUGAUGUUCUUUCUCUCAUUCCACCUACGUUUGAGGGCCCUGUUUGGUCAGGCCUAUGCUGGGAUGAAGAAUAUGGGGAAUAAACCAACACAGUCUUUGGCCACAUGGAGCUUAUAGUCUAGUGAGUGAGACAGCCAUUAAAUUCACAAACAUCCAAAUAAAUAUGUAAUUACA